CAACAACGCUGACUUUCAACGAGAAUUUUCAAAGACUUGUUGUUUUCCGAACUGUAUUCAGUUUUGACCUUGACGGCUUGACCAUCUAAAAUGACCGGAAAACUGCCAUUAGACAACGGCUGGCCGAAGGGGUGUCAAAGAAAUUUGGCGCUUUUAUGCUUUAUUGUUUCGCUCAUUUGCCUGUCGUGUGAACUGCCAGCUUAUGGAGACGGCGACUUAACCGCUUUGCAAAACAUAGCAUCAGAAAUCAAGGGAACAUGGGGAGUGGCAGCCGCAGCACUUAUUCCACCGGCAUCCGUCCGCAUGAACGACCCUGAUGGUUUCAUGGGAAGUAACGAUGAUGGGAAGCCAUCGUCUUCCGGUUCAUCAGGAGGGGGAACAGCGCAGACGCUCAAUCCGCAGCUGAUUCCAUUUCUCGCGCCUAUGUUCAAUCCACCGCUGCCAUCUUAUGAUACCGGGGUCGAUAGCGACUCGGUGGAGUUCGGUGGAGAUUGAAUGAUCAAUUCAAAGAGCGUCGCGGAAAUAUACAAAGUCUCAAUCAAUCAGCGCGGAUUACCAGAUUUUUUAUAUUGCUGCACCUGAAUGUUUCCCCUCGAUAGUGGCUUGUGCGUGCCUAACAGGCCACCUACAUGUUUAUUUUAACAGAUAAUUGGUAUAGUUUUUGCCUUUCUAGCAAGAUUGUUUCUGGAAUUAAAAAUGGAUCGUAGUAAAUUAGGAUUUCUAGCGAUGAGGCAUU